AUGUCAGCACACUCGAGGCAAAAUUCUGUGGUGCAAACUGCACAAACUACGGUGAAAGGCGACAAAAUCGGGCCUUGGAAACUGGGAGCCACCUUGGGAGCAGGGAGUACAGGUAAAGUGCUUAUGGCGCAGCAUGAAUCCACGGGCCAGCAAGCGGCGGUCAAAAUAGUGUCCAAGUCGAUUUUCGGUGCGCAAACCAGUAACAACUCGUCCACAGUUGUGGGAUCGUCAGAUCCGGACGUGCUACCUUACGGAAUCGAGCGCGAAAUCAUUAUCAUGAAACUACUAAACCAUCCAAACGUUCUUCGACUCUACGACGUGUGGGAGACCAAUUCGAGUCUGUACAUGGUUCUCGAGUAUGUGGAAAAGGGCGAAUUAUUCAAUCUUUUGGUGGAUCGGGGUCCGCUACCUGAAAACGAAGCUAUUCGGUUUUUCCGCCAGAUCAUCAUCGGGAUUUCAUAUUGCCACGCCUUGGGAAUAGUUCACAGAGAUCUUAAACCAGAAAAUCUGCUGCUGGACCACAAAUUCAAUAUCAAGAUCGCGGAUUUCGGUAUGGCCGCUCUAGAGAGCAAAGAUAAACUUCUAGAAACGUCGUGUGGCUCUCCGCACUACGCUGCGCCUGAAAUCGUGUCUGGUCUUCCCUACCAUGGUUUUGAAAGCGACGUGUGGUCUUGCGGUGUCAUUUUGUUCGCCCUUCUCACUGGAAGACUUCCCUUCGACGAAGAAGACGGCAACAUUAGAAAUUUAUUGCUGAAAGUUCAAAGCGGUCGCUUUGAAAUGCCAGACACUAACGAAAUCUCGCCCGAGGCCCAAGAUCUCAUUUCCAAGAUCCUCACGGUGGAUCCCGCAGACAGGAUUAAGGCGCGCAGUAUUCUCAAACAUCCACUUCUGCAGAAAUACCCAAGUAUCAAAGAUUCCAAGAGUAUUCGAAACCUACCCCGUGAAGACACGUAUUUGAAUCCUCUAGAUGACGUUAACGGAACCAUUGAUGAUGCCAUUAUUCAAAAUCUAGUUGUUUUGUGGCAUGGACGCAGGAAAGAUGAUAUCGUUUCCAAGCUAAGAGAACCUGGCGCUAAUCUGGAAAAAACUUUCUACGCCCUUUUGCAUAGUUUCAAAACAGAUGGUCAACAAAACCAGGAACGUCGAUCUCAUAUAAAGCAGACGUCCUCUCCAAAGAAAAGCGGAAUUACAAAGUCGACAUCGCGGAAAUCAAUCAACAAUUCUUUGACGCCUAAAAGAAAAUCCAAGGGACCUAUUAUUAGCGCUUCAUCGUCACAUAAAAGACCUGUUUCUUUCAACAGGCUUCCCGGCCCUUCUAGUGCGAAUGCUGAAAACAAGUCGCCUACUGCGAGCAAGUCGAACGCUGUUAACCUUUCGUCAAACAAAAGAACGUCGGCACUAAUAAAUACCGGCUCGCCAACACCCGCCAAUAAGAGGUCAUCUUAUAAUGGCCUCAAUGGAACCGCGCCUCCGAUCCCAGUGGACAUGCUUAAGGACUACAACAAGUCUAAUUCUAAAGCGGCGAAGAGGUCGUCACGUUCGAGUAAGAGAUUAUCUUUCUUGCCUGGAAGUGGUAAGCGUGGCUCCAUGACCUCAAAGUUGAUUGCUACUUUUGCGAAGAUCUCGGAAGAUGACGACUGGGAAUACAUCGAGAAAGAGACUAAAAGGACAAGCGCUGACUUUGCAACCUUAUGUGAUCAAAUAUUCGAACAUGAAAAGCACGAGCAGAUCAGGAGAGAGAAGGAAGAACUAGAAAGACGUGUAAGAGAAGCAAAAGAACAAGAAGAAAGAGAAAGAAGACAGCGUGCUGAGGAGGAGAGAAAGAAACAAGAAGAAGAGGAGAUGAGGCGAAGACAGGCAGAAGAAGAGAAUGCUUUGAGACAAAAGCAAGCGCUGGAACAGAUUGAUCGUGAAAUGAAGAUUAUCAAAACAAAUUUUGAAGGCAAGAAUGAUGCUGUUGGGACACAGAAUAGAUCGGUUUCUGCUCCGGCUGCAAACGUACUAAAAAUAGAUAAGCGUGGUUCCAUAAUAGGAUUGGAGAACGAUAUUCAAGAACUUCUUGAUAAGAGAACGUAUUCUCUUCAAACACGGCCAGUUUCUCGCCUAGAUCCAGGUAUAUUUGCGGACUCUGAAUUGUCGCAGGCCGAAACAGAAACCCGUGCAAGAGAUCUCAACACCGAAAAGACAAUUCUCGAGACAAUUCGAAGAUCGAAGUUUUUGGGCUCUUCGUUUGAUAUUAGCAAGGAGCUGGCGAGAGACAAACGGCUCAGAGAAGAAAAGAGGUUCUCUGCGUCCAAAGAACCUGACGUUCAGGAUCGUAUAGUCUCCAAUGCUACUGUCACCUCUAACACAAACACCGGUUAUCAAUCUCAAACUCUUCCAAAAAAUGCAACCGCGAUGGCACCACUCAAGGACAAGCCUACUGAGAACCCCCGUAAGAUUUCGGAGAUCCAGGUCCCACAAUUCACAAGACGGUCACGCCAUUUCACAGCAUCAAAUAAAAGGCUUUCCGUACUUUCGAUGUAUUCGACGAAAACGUCUUUCACUAACUUAGCGGAUCAUCUGAAGAGUAACGGAGACCUUCAUUCCAUCCAUGGUAGCCCACCGUCGUCCUCGAGGGUUGAUCCUGAGGCGGAGUUUUUAUUUGAGAAUGUCGACAGCGAGGGUAAAGACACAGCAGAAACAUCUGCAGAUAGCCGAUUGUACGAGGUCCCUGAAACCUCGAAAGCAGACACUCGUCAACCUGUCAAGCUUAACUUUGCCGAUCGUUUUAACGAUUCCGUACCUCCAAACAAACGGGUCAUUGAUGAGUCGACCACAGUAAAGCUGCCCGCUUUGCCUCCUCUGAGUGGACAAAAGUCUAAUGGCAUGACAGGUCUCGGUCUAUAUCAAGCGCCUUCUGAUGCGACGGCAGAGGAGCCAAAUGAGCGGAUGACAUCUUCGGCGCCAUCGAAAAAGGUGACGUCAAUGGUGCCAUCUCAACUCGAACACACAGAACAAACGCCACCGAAACUCAUCUCUGAUGGAAGCGAGGAGCCCAAGGAUAAAGAAGCAACGAAGAAAAAACCCGAGGCUGGUAGACGACCUCUUGAAGACAUAACCCCGGCAGCCACUAAGAAGUCGAAUAAAUCUUUUUUCCGCAAGUUUUCCUCGAAAUCCCACGACGACAAGAAAAGCCGGAGCUAUGAUGCCGUUCUGCACACUGUCAUAGACGAGACACAGAUGUUCAACGCUUUGAGCAAGCUAUUAGUGGCGUGGAAAGAAUAUGGCUUGAAAGACGUCAAGGCAUUAUCCUCAGAAAAGAAAAUAAAGGGUAAGCUGAGUAGCGAUAACAUGUUUUCGCUGCGCUCAACCCUGUUUGAAAUUUCGAUUUUGCCAAGCAAUAAGUCACCAGGGUCUGACAUUGGCUUUGAGAAGCUAUCGGGGUCGGGAAAGACCUUCAGAAAGCUUCUGCAUGAAAUUGAAAAGAUUUUGGAGUCCAAAAAAGCCUUAGCGUAG